UUACACUUCCCUUUCGAUGCCUAAAGUACCUACCUACCUACCUAAUCAACCGUCAAUGGUCGUAAUUCUUUUGAGCUCUGUACAUAUUCAGCAUUGCAAAGCCCCCUCCAUCUAAUGUCAUGAUCGUUUGAUCUGAGUUAUUCUUUUGGUUUUCUUGCAGCCCACCUCUUGUCGUCACAACAUGUCUUCUCCUCGCGCGUCGUCGCCCGCUGGCGACGCGUCCAACCCUACAUCACCACAAUUAACCCCCCGGUCCAAACUUAAAGCAAUGCUGGCAGCUGUGGAUGAUGCAUCUUCUGGCGACGAAAGCUCCGGUCCAAUUGAUGCGAAGGCGCUAUUUGCUGCCAUCGACAAGACCAAACAGCAAGCCGAAUCUAAAAGCCCCUUGCAAGACGACACUAUAGAUGAGGAUGAAGAUACAGAAAUCGUGAAACCUCGCGGCCGCAUUGCUGCUCGGAUGCAUGCCAAUUUCACAAAGACCAAUCAGCUCACUCGAGCAUCAGAAGGUGGAAAGCCGCGUCCAACACCAGAACAGGACACCGUAAUCCAGCAAUCACUGCUUGCAGGGGAGGCGGAUGAUGAGGAUGAUGUAAUCGCCCCAACUCGACGGAGAUUGGCCAGACCUGAUCGUCAGUCGACACCCGGUACACCGGCUUCGACAAGCCGUCACUCAUCCCCGGGACUGUUCGUCUCCCCAUCACCACAAAAGACCACAGCCCCAGAACAUGGCUCGACUGCCUCGGCCUCUGAUGACGACGAGAUGCCCAUUGACCUGAGCAAGAACGCUCGUUUCAAGGCAUUGGUUGAGAAGAAGAGAAGAGCAAGGUUGGAUAGAGAGGCUGAGGAAGAGCGUCAGCGGAUGGAACGCGCCCAGCGUGUCAGUGAGCAGGUACCCACAGAGUCCGCUGAUGAAGACGAUGUAUCAGACAUUUCGGAUGACGAUGGCGGUCGUAAACUCACGCAAGACAUCUCUCGCCCUGCCCGUAAGGCAAGCAAAAAGGCUCUGGAAGAGAUGAACCGCGAGACGCAGCGAUUGAGCCGAAGUCUCCAGCUCGCUCAUGAAGCCAAGACUAAAAAGAAAAUCAGUAAAGAUAUGCUUUUCAAAAAGUUCAAUUUCCGACCCGAGGGAAUCUCUACAGACACCGGAAAUAAGGCACCAAAUUCAAGUCGUGCCACGACACCCGCGUCGGUUCACCAGACCGAUGCAGAGCUCGAUAACGAUGGAACCCCACCGAGCUCCCCUCCUAGUAUAUCAAAAGAGACAGUGUGCCCCUCAACCCCGACUGUUUCUACGUCCGAAAAUAGCGUUCCCAUACCUCAAAAAGCGCACAGCGACCAUCCAAGCCUGGAAGAUUCCUCAUCCCAAUCUAAAGAUGCGGGCAAAGAUAAGGAAAACACGACUGAUAGGGUAACCUCCUUUCCGCAACAGCGGGUUUCAAAAAAGCCAAUGCGCCAAGUCCGAGUCAAACUACCCCCUGUGCAAGUACAGGCUAUGAUGAUGGACUCUGAUGAUGAACUUGAAAUCACCAAAACUAAGAAACAGGACAAGCUUCAGGCCGUAUUAUCUCGCAUUCCUGAGAGCAAGGCACAGGAGUCGACCGAGAUGAAGAUCUUACGCAACCUCGCACAUCUUUCUUCACCAUCUAAAGAACAAACGCGUGGCCGAAAUGCGAAACCUUCUAUGACUUUGGCUGAGCUUCAAAUGUCUCUACAGCAGCGUGCCAAGGCCCAGGCAAAACUGGAGCGUGAACGACGCCUCGAAUUGCUCCGUUCUAAAGGCAUUGUGGUUCAAUCCGCCGAAGAACGAGAGCGUGAGCGAGAACAAGUUGAGGACAUUGUUGCCAGGGCACGUCAAGAAGUUGAGGAGGUCAUGAUGCGUGAACGGGAGGAGGCAAAGAGGCAUCGCAAGGAGAAAAGGCAGAAUGGCGAAGUAGAUCCUCUCGCUUGGGAUGAUAGCGAUGACGACAGCUUCGAAGACAAUGAAGACACAGAAGCUGGAGAAGUUGAGUUUUCCGGCUCUGAAGAGGAAGAUGAAGAGAAAGGUGAUGUGGAAGACGAAACCGCUGAAAACUCGGAAAAGGAUGUGAACAAUUCCAUGUUCAUGGAUGAAGCAGAAGAAGUACAGUCAGAGGACGAAAAGACACCAAAUCCUAAUGAUUUCGAUGACUUUUCAGAUGAAGACAUCGAAGCAAUCAAGCGCCCCACCGCCUCACAAACAAGAAGGUUCAAGAAACAGGUACAAAUCAUUUCAGACGAUGAAGAUGAGGGUGGUAUUGAGGCUACCCCCAAGCCAAAAAGUGCAUUACCAAUGUCGCCUGCUGUGCCGGGUUCAGAUUCUCCUAAGCCACCAACGUCGGUCUUGCGCUCAGCUACCAAAACUUUCAUACCCGGGCUUCCUAUCGCAACUGCAGCGCCUGCUGGUCUAGGAUUAACUCAGAUUUUCGCCGGCACUAUGGACAAUAGCCAGGUGGAAUCGAUUAGUGGCUCGCCUCAAGCUUUCAUGCCUAGUCUCGACCAGUUUCCCGAUUCCCAAUUUUCAGCCACAGCAGACCAAUCUCAGGCCAACAAUAUGAUUAUUGAUAGCCAACCCUCGCAAGUAGCGACCUUGCAGGGCCAUGAAACCCAAACCCAGGGAUUGCAGUUACAUUACUCACAAUCGCAGGCCCAUGGCUUCGAUAGUCUCGUGCAGGCAGACGCGACGCAGGCUUCCGACUUCCUAGACCCUACACAGGAUGGUGGUUUUCAAGACUUCACACCUUUGAAACAGCGAUUUGUCGAUCCUCCACCGUCAACUGUUGGCACCGUCCUACUCACAGACACUCUGGAUGAAGUAGUCACACAGGAGUCACCACUUGUAAGGAAACGAGGGAAACUUUUACGACGAAAUGACGUCGCUAGCGUAAGCCCUACUUUGCUAUCUACAGAGCUUGCCGAAAGCACCAACCGUGCCACUAUUGUCGAUGUUAGCGGGCUGUCCGAAGAGCAAGCAACAUCAUCCGAUGCAUUCAAGUUAAUGGAGAAGGCAGCAAAACGAGAGAAGCGAUUGAAAAGGAAGCUUGACAAGAGAAAGAGCGAAGCAGCGGUGAUGAUCGAAGAGCAGGCCGUGGAAUCCGAAGAUGAAUAUGCUGGCUUAGGUGGCGCAGACGGAGAGGAUUCGAGUGAUGAGGAUGAUGAACUCGUCAAAGAGAUGAUCGACGACACUGGGAAGAAUGACGGGGAUGCUGCCAAGCUAGCGGGAUUAUUUGCGGAUCGAGAGCGUGCCGCAGAUGCCGCUCAAGUUGACAAGCUUUUCCGAGACAUCACCACAGGCAUGCUCCGUAAACGGCGCCGAGGAGGUGACGGUCACGACUUUGAUCUAUCCGACUCGGACGAUGGGGGCGAGGCCCGCCGUCGAAUGAAACGUCGGCAAUUUGCCAAGAUGCAGAAGGCAUUAUUUGCAGAUGAGCGUAUUGGCAAGAUCGCAGAGAAUCCUCGAAAUGCAGCGUUUCUGAAGAGUAUUGAAGACAUGAAUGAUGACGAGGAAUGGAAUUUUGAUGAGAAUUUUCAGGAUACCACAUCCAGCGGUGACGACAGUCAAUCACAAAAUGCUAGUCAGGUUGAGCAAGCCAUACCUGACAGCCAACCUCCGACGACUGGCCGCAAGCGCUCUCGAACAGAAGAUCAUGCUCCCCGACCGGGUCCAAAUGGGCGCCAUACGAGGGAAGGAGCCCGACCAUCGUCGAUAGCAGAAGUUCGAAGGUCACUUUCGACGUUGCUUGAUGAGCCUAAUGCCUCAGCUGGAUCCAUCAUACCUGCGACAGAGAUUGGUUCUGACAGCGAAGGGGAAGGAGAGCGCCCUUCAACAUCACAUUCUAACAAAGAGAACCACCGUACCCUUCGCCAUAGUGGUGGUACCGUCGUCGACCGGAUUACCCUGAAGCGCAGUUCUUCAUCUUCACUUUCAACGGCUAGCACAAGCACGACGACAAAGCUGGCCUUCACUGCACCUGCUACCACUGGCAGUGGCUUUAAAGUGCCGGCCUUGCUACGUCGGGCCACUACAAACUCAAAGCGUCUGGGUUCGAGCGGUGACAUGAGCAGCAGCAGCACCAGUCAAGCCUCAGCCAGCAGUACCUCGGGCUCACUGAACAAGGCUGCCAGUUUCGGUGAGGAUGGUAAGCUAAAGAAGAACGCAGGCAAACGGUCUGGCAUUAACUACUUUGCCCACGAGAAUGAGCGUAGGGCGAAGGUGGCCGAGGCGGAGAAGAGGCGCGAGGCAAAGAAGUGGAAGGGAGCUGAAGGGAGAAGCAAAGUUGUCGGGGGCUUGUUUGGUAGCGGCUCAUUUGAGUAAGCUUCGGGUCGCUUUGGCGUUAAAACACGAAAAGGCACAAGGAUUUCAAACGUUUUGGUAGGAUAAGGCGUAUUACGGUAUUGUAUUGUCUG